UUGAGAACCUUGCCAGUUGUUUUUCUUCAAACAGUUAUUUUUGGCCCAGUUCGAGGGCUACACGUGCACAAGUCAGUAAAAUAUAUUCCAGCUGGAAAGGCGAAUGCAACCUGGUCUUCGCCAUAGAAUGACCCCAUCUCGAGAUAUUCCGCUCACACCAAGGGAAAGUAGUGAGGAUUCAACUCACGACCGAGCGGCCAUUCUCAACAUGGACGAUGCAGAUGAGCAUGACCAACUACUGCCGUCCGACCACAGUCAGACAUUAGAGACAGAAAACUUGGUGAAUGACCAUUUACAAUACGGCACGACAACCAAACCGGUUCGACUCAUGGCCUUCCGAAUUGGCCUUGCCGUGGCACUUGUUCUAGUGUUCAUAUCAGCUGUAGCGGCAUUUGCACCUAGACGACAGCUAUCAUACGAUGCAUCCGCCACUUUCUAUAAUGGUUCCACCACCUACGAUGCAACGGUGAUCAUGAUAUCGCUGGAUGGAUUCCGAGCCGAUUAUCUCGAUAGAAACAAUACCCCGACCCUCUCUAGACUAGCAAAAGAGGGUGUUAAAGCUCCAUACAUGAACCCCUGUUUUCCGUCAGUGACAUUUCCUAAUCAUUGGUCUCUGGUAACCGGCCUCUACCCUGAGUCCCACGGCAUUGUUGGCAAUGAGUUUAUGGAUCCCCAACUCAACGAUAGCUUUUUUUACAAAGACCCAGCUCGUAGUUGGGAUUCAAAAUGGUGGAAAGGAGAACCCAUAUGGAUUACUUCGGUGCUGCAAAACAAACGAUCAGCCGUUUUGAUGUGGCCUGGUUCCAAUGUUAAAGUUAAUAACGCCGUGUCGACGUAUCAUAUUCCAUAUAGCGGCAACUAUACGGCAAGUGAAAAGGCCGAUGUCAUUUUGAAUUGGCUAGAUAUGCCCAGGGAAGAACGACCUCAGUUGAUGAAUAUGUACGUGCCUCAAAUCGAUUCAAUUGGACAUCGUCAAGGCCCGAAUGGACAAGGGGUGACAGAUAUGUUGGCGGAAAUGGAUGCUUCCAUUGGGCACCUCGUGGAAGGACUGCAAGCACGCAAUUUGUACAAUCAUGUUCAUGUGGUGAUUGUCAGUGACCACGGAAUGGCAGAAACAAAUAGAAAUCGACUCAUCUUUUGGGAUGAUAUUGUGUCGCCGGAUCUGUUGGCACAGCUUGAAGAACGUGAAGUCUGGCCACUGCUCGCUGUCCGGCCGAAAGCGAAUGCACCCCAAGACACAGUGGACAAGAUAUAUGCCCAAUUUUUAAAUUACACUAAACAGCCGGACAACUCCAAAGACAAGUCCGCACCUCAAUCACAUUUUCAGGUUUACUUGAGGGAGGACAUCCCUGACCAGUUCCACUACCGAAACAGUCAACGAAUCGCACCGAUAGUUGCCAUCCCUGAUGUGGGAUGGUCCUUUGUGACCCACAAGGAAUUUGAUGGCACCAAGGAUUAUCACCCCAAAGGUAUCCAUGGAUAUGAUAACAUGGCUGAAGAGAUGAGAGCUAUCUUCAUUGCUAGAGGACCGAUGUUUGAUCGUGAAUACAGUACCGGUGAGCCAGUCAAACCAUUCCUCAAUACCGAGGUUUACGGCGUGGUUGCCCGUGCGCUGGGUCUGUCUCCAGCCAACAACAAUGGAACGCUGGAUGGAGUGCUUCAGCAAGACUAGGCAUCCUCAUGUAUUUUUUCUUGGCAUUUAUGUAAACACAACUACACUAUAAUUCAACAAUAAACUCUUGCACAUUUCAUAUGA